AUGGCGUCGCUCGGGAGACUUUCGAAAGGGUAUAUUUUGAUGUUAAAUGCCAUCUAAUCCGCGGAUGCCGACUUUGUCCAGCCAGAGAAAUUAAUCUAGUACUGAAGAUCGACUUAUUGGGAAGUCGAAAGGCUUGUCGAAAGACAGGAAACAGAUGAAACGGUAAGUGUUUCGCCGUAGUGCCUGUCUUCGCACGUGCUCGCUUGUGUUUAUAUAUUUUUAACUGAAUUCAGUCGAAAUCAGCACAGGAUUUGCCUUGUAUUUAAUUAGGUAGAAUACUUGGUGCAAUGGAAGGGCUACUUGCCUUACGAAGCCUCGUGGGAGCCAGAGGAGGGUAUCUUGCCUCGAUGCGAGGAACUAUUCAACUGGCGAAGCCCGGACGUUGCAAUAAUUCCAGAAAAUGUGUGUUCUUUUCGGGUGGCCGUCGAACGGCACUUGAAAUCGCGGUCACGUUUACCUUUAAGGUUGGUUUUUCGGGAAUGUUUUUCGUUUCUUGUUUGCUGGUAAGGGAGUGUCGAGGGAUAGACGGACAUUUUUUUGAAAAAGAUGAUUUCGAUGCUGAUUAGUUUCCUCUUGGGUGAGAUCCUGGGUGGAUUCUCAUGGCCAAGGAAUGAAAGUUUUUUACCCUAUGACGGUUAAAACGUAUAUUUCUUGGUCCCCAAAGAAGUAUUAAAUGGGUAUGGGUGGGAUUUCUACUUUGUUACCAAGAGCUUAUCAGGAGAACAUUUCUUUUGAUUUUACUGAAGUGGCUUUAAAUGAUUGAAUCAUGAAGAGCUACUUUAAUUGAAUUAAUUGGGGCAAUUGAACUGAGCAAAGUGCAAUUGGGUCUGUAAUAAUAUACGUGAUUUCAAAAUAAAAGAAAUAUUCUAAUAAGUUCUUUUCAGAUUAAAUAAAAGUUAUGACUUUUGCAUGAGACAGUGGAAAAUAUUUCGUACAAAUUUUGAGAUGGAUAUGCCAAGUGUAAGCGGUCAGUAAAUACAUUCAAUUUCAAGUGUGCAUUCAUCUUUCUUAGUAUGUACAGCUUUGUUACAAGUGUUCAAUCAACUCUGUAUUAAAAAGGCACAUAAACUUUCUAAAUGUACAUUCAUCUUUGAAAGUGUACAUUCAAAUCUGUAAAUAUUAACUUUGUUGGCUGUGUACAUAAAUCUUUGUAAGAGUGCAUUCAAAUCUGUCGAGGCACAUUGCUUUGUAAGUCAACAUACAUCUCUGUACGCAUACAUUUUACCUGCCUCAGUAACUGUUCAUUCAUCAUUGAAUGCAAAUAAGAAAAUUUAUACGCUCUCCACUGUGUUUUUGUCAUCAGGAUGAAGUUAUUCAUAUUUCGAUUUUGGGGAAGCCACACUACCAUGUUCUGGUUGUGGAUUAGGAGGAUUUGUAGUUGAGAAAUCUAUAGAAAAACUAUCAGUACUGUUAGGGUCUUUAAGUUUCAAGAGCUGUAAAUCCAGGCCAAUUAUUUCUACUAGAUUAAGUGCCUUCUGUGCUCGAGACUUUAGUUCUUUUAAUUUCUGCUUUUGCUUGUUUUGUUUUGAAGUCUGGAAUUCCAGUUCCUCUGUGGAUUCCCAAUCUCCUUUUCUGUUCAGAAUCUGA